AUGCAGCAAGCAUUCUAUGAAUCAAAGACAGAGGUGGUUACAAUUCAUCAUUAUCGAAACAAAAGGCAAAUGAAGGUUGUGUGCAGAAGUUUCUACCAUAGAACAACAACAACAAAUGAAAGAACAAAUGGAAAUGGUUAUGUGGAUGCUGAAUAUUGGUUCAAGUUAUAUCCUGAAUACCUUUCAAAUCCUUUUUUCAUCGCGGGUGAGGCAUUUGCUGGAAUUUACAUCCCUCUAUUAUCUGAUCAAGUGAUGAAAGGACUUGAAGCUGGUGAUAAACCCACUCUCAACUUCAAGGGUUACAUUAUCGGAAAUGGAAUUUGCGAUGAAGUGUUUGAUCACAAUGCUAUUGUUCCAUUCGCACAUGGGAUGGGCCUCAUUUCGGAUGAAUUAUAUCAGGAUGUUACAAAGGUGUGUGAAGGGAACUUCUACAAACCUCCAAGCCUAGAUUGUGAAUUCCAGCUUGACAAAGUUUACCAACAUCUUGAUGGUCUAAACGUGGAUAACAUUAUCAAACCAUGCUUUAUUGGAAAAAAGAUUAGACAUGAAAAUACAAAAUUGCGACUGAGCUUUAGGAAAUUGGGUGAGACUGAAAGGCCACUUCCUGUGCGAACCAGAAUGUUUGGGCGAUGGCCUUUUAAAGCUGCGGUGAAGCCUGGUUAUGCGCCGUCUUGGCUGGAGCUUCUCAACGCCACACAAAUUCGAAUGUUCAGACGAUAGUGUGGCAAUUACAUGGCUAAACAACGAAGAAGUUCCAAAGGCAAUUCACGCCGACCCGAUUAGUAAAGCUGGAAAAUGGGAGAUAUGUACGGGCAGGGUAAAAUAUAAUUCAGAACUUGUAACCGUGAUUGACUACCACAAAAAACUUACAGCCUCUUAUUUACAGGUAUACCCAUCUCUAGUGUAACCUUGCUAUGCUUUUCUUAUACGCGUUAGCCAGGUAAUCAAAUCAACAAAAUAUGUAUGCUUUUAUUGUCGUUAUUUGUUAAUAUUUAGUAACAUGUUUUAUAGACUAGAAAUCUGUAUUUAUCCUUAUAUUUAUAGAUUGUAUGUCGAGUAUAUCAUGAGGAACCUUCUCAACGGGAAGAACAGUCUCAAAUUUUGUCAACUUAGUCCGAAUGAAGUAGCAAAAUGGUAGAAUACACGUUUUCUUCUCGUUUAAAUUUAAAAUCCUCCAUUAUCCACAGUUACGUUACGGGACUAUCUCCGGCAAAGGAAGCCAUAACAUAAACACUGUUUUGGUCAAACAAAUAUCUUAAUCUUGUCCCUGCGAUGGAAGCAUAGUGGUUGAGGUGCGAUAUUCGAUACAGGAGUUCCCAGGUUGCCCAAAAAAUUGCAAGUGCUCCGAGAUCGAUUGACCUAUGGGCCUUGGGGUGGGUUCGGCGUUGUGUGGUUUACCAUUUGUUUUGAGAUCUUACUCCUCCAUAGAGUGAAGUUAUUCUUACUGAUGAACUUAUAUAUCAUCACAUGAGGGGUUAUUACUUUGUUUCUUUGCUACCCAAAACACCUUGAAAAAAUACCCUUCACUCACUGAUUUCCCACGGCCCAGGCCAAGAAUUUUAUACAUCGAUAUACAUUGG